AUGAGUGAAACAUUUAAUUUACGUUCAUUUUUUGAAAAUCAAAUGGAAAAAUUAUCAACACCAACAAAUACUCUUAUGGAUAAAGUUCGACAAACAGUUGAUAAUAUGAAAUUUACAUUUACAUCAAUAAAUAAUACUGAACAAGAUACAUCUAUUAUAUUACCAACAAAUGAUGUAUUAUUUAAUUUAUUUUCAUCUGAAUCAUUAUCAAGUUCAUCUGUAUCAUCAAAUUCUAGUAAUCUUCAUUUAUCUGGUUCUCGUUUACAUUCACCUAAUAUACAAAAAUCAAUAGAAAAUACAAAAUAUUUAACUGAUCGAAUAUCAUCACGUCAAUCAAUAUUAAGACGACAUGUAUCUGAAUCAAAUAAAUCUGAUGAUACAAGACUUUCACCAAUAAUAUAUCAUAAUAAUCCAACAAUUAAUAUUCAAGGUUUAUUAAAUAAUGAUAAUAAUUUGAGAGAAGAAAUGAUCAAUCGAUCACGUUCACUUAUUCGACAAUCAACAGAUACAACAUCAACAUUUCCAAUACGACGUUCAAUACGUCGAAUGGAAUCAAUUGAAAUUCCAGGAUUAAAUGGUGUUAAAGCUAUUCGUUAUAUAAAUGAUAAUCUUGGUAAAUUAGAACCUAAUCUAUAUAAAAAACCUAUACAACUCAAUGAUCCAUCAUAUGAUUCAGGUAGUAUAACACUAACACUUUUUUAUAAUCAAUCUUUAACAUCAUUAAUAAUAACAAUUAUAUCAAUUGAUCAUUUACCAUUUCGUGAUUUAAAUUCAAAAGUUUUACCUAAUCCAUUUGUAAAAUUAUGUUUAUUACCUGAUCGUCGAAAAAAAUUUCAAACUAAAGUUUAUAAACAUAUUGAAUCUGUACAAUUUAAUGAAACAUUUGAAUUUCAAACAACAUAUAAACAAUUAUAUAAACGAAUAUUAUUAUUAUCUGUUUAUGAUUUUCGUCGUUCAUCAAAAAGAAAUUUAAUUGGUACAGUUAAAAUUGAUGAUAUUUGUUUAAAAUCCGAUAUUACAUCACAGACUAUUACAUUAACAAAACAUAUUGUACCUGGUACAGAGAGUGAUCCAGAUCUAGGUGAAUUAACUGUAUCAUUAUGUUGUUUACCAAAUGCAAAACGUAUUACUGUAACUAUUGUUAAAGCAAAUUCAUUAAAACCAAUGGAUAUAACUGGUAAAUCUGAUCCAUAUGUUAAAGUUGUUUUAUUAAUUAAUGGAAAAAAAAUUCGAAAAAAAAAAACAUCUGUUGUAUCAAAUACACUUAAUCCAAUAUAUAAUGAAAGUUUAGAAUUUGAUUUAUCAAAUGAAGAAUUUGAAAAUACGGAUCUUAUAUUUAAAGUUAUUGAUUAUGAUCGUGUUGGUUCAAAUGAAUUAAUUGGUUGUAUUGGUAUUGGUUGUCAUUUUGAUGGUAUUAAUCGUGAUCAUUGGUAUCAAAUGAUUGAACAUCCACAUGUACCAAUAACUCAAAAUUAUAGUUUACGUGAAACAGUACCAAUAAUAACAUGUACAAAUUCAAAAACAAUACAACAAACGAAAUAA